AUGGAGAAAUCAGAAGGAGAAUACUUGUUCAAGAUAGUGGUGAUUGGGGACUCAGCGGUGGGAAAAUCGAACUUGCUCUCGCGAUUUGCGAGAGACGAGUUCGAUUUGCACUCAAAAGCCACAGUAGGAGUAGAGCUUCAGACCCAGGUGAUGGAGCUUGAUGGCAAGGAGAUCAAAGCCCAAGUCUGGGACACCGCCGGCCAAGAGCGCUUCCGCGCUGUCACCUCCGCCUACUACAGAGGUGCUAUUGGUGCUCUCAUCGUCUACAAUAUCACUCGCCGGACUACUUUCGAUAGCAUCAAGCGGUGGCUCGAUGAACUCAAGAGUAAGUCGAUUAUAUUUUAAUUGAUCUAUUUAUUAGUUGUUCUGUUUUGUGGGUUUGAUUGCUCGUUAUUGAAGUUGUUGCUGUGAAUCUGAAUUUGUGUUUGAAUAACCAUUUUGGGUGUUUUAAUGAUUUUGAAA